CAUGUUCGGCAAUACGAAAUUCAGUAUCUCAAUAUUACAUUGCUACCGUUGCAGGCAGAAUUGAGGUUCUUUUCAAGUGUUCAUUGAAAGCGUUUCAUGAAACCUUCGUUAUCAUGCCAUCACAGAGGACCUGUAUUUCAAAGACAAAAGUUUUUUGACAGUUUUAUUUAUGGUGAACACAGUGAACUUCUCUAGAGGACUUGAUGGAAUCUGCGAUCAUCUAAAAUAUAUGCUGGACAAGAACAGCCCGCAAGAAGAGCUUUUGUUUCAUCAUUCUCCAUCUGAGGCUGCACAAUCGGACAACCAUGAACCUGAGUACGCACCAUCACCUUACCAUGAAACACUUCGACCACAGCCCGCUGCCGGCUUACAGCGAGGAGAACAUAACUCAGAAUAUCUCUGUUACUGACUACAACAAUGAUACGGAAUGCGCCAACAUUAUGAUACCCCAGGAACUGUUCUUGACACUAGGCUUGGUAAGUUUGGUGGAGAACAUCCUGGUCGUCAUUGCCAUCAUCAAAAACAGGAACUUACAUUCUCCAAUGUACUACUUCAUCUGCUGCCUUGCCGUCUCAGACAUGCUGGUUAGUGUCAGCAAUGUGGUGGAGACUGUGUUCAUGCUGCUUAACGACAACGGACUGCUCAUGAUGAUGCCAAGCAUGAUGAAACACCUGGACAAUGUUAUAGACAUCAUGAUCUGUAGCUCAGUGGUGUCUUCGCUGUCUUUCCUCAGCACCAUCGCCGCUGACCGCUACAUCACCAUAUUUUACGCGCUGCGCUACCACAGUAUCAUGACGACCCAGCGCGCCGUCGCCAUCAUUGUCGUUGUGUGGUCGGCUAGCAUCACAGCCAGCACCAUCUUCAUUUUCUACUACACCAACAACGCGGUCAUCAUCUGCCUGGUCACUUUCUUCUUCAUCACUCUGGUCUUCACGGCGGUGCUUUACCUGCACAUGUUCAUCCUAGCGCAUGUGCUCUCCAGGCGCAUCAUGGCUUUCCACAAGAGUCGCCGUCAAGCAACAAGUAUGAAGGGCGCGAUCACUUUGACUAUCUUGCUGGGGGUCUUCAUCAUUUGCUGGGGUCCCUUUUUCCUUCAUCUCAUCUUGAUACUGACGUGCCCCAAAAACCCGCACUGCAAGUGUUUCUUCAGCCAUUUCAACCUUUUCCUGAUUCUCAUCAUUUGUAACUCUCUCAUAGAUCCACUGAUUUACGCAUACCGUAGCCAAGAGCUGCGUAAAACGUUGAAGGAACUCAUCUGCUGUUCUUGGUGUUUUGUGAUGUAGAUAUUGAUUCAGGAGAGAGAAAUGUGAACCAGAAUUCACAGUGACCGUAAUAAGCACUGACAGAUUUGAUCUUUGUCAUUAUUGUGUGAAUAUGUUGAAGUGGACUGACAGGUAAAUGGAAUGGAAAAUCGUACGAAUUUGUUGAAAAACGAAUUUCGAAAAGCUUCAAUCGCUCUAAAAGACAGUAGCCUAACGUACAGGGGUAUUGCUUACCACCUUCUAGUAUGUUUGCCAAAUCUACGCGAGUUUACAUGGAACACACCCCAUGCUCUGCGUUAAAACUGUGAGAAGACCUCCAAUGAAAAGUUAUAUGCACUCACAUCUGCAAUCCACCUCAAAAUGAAGUUGUAUUGAUUUCCCUAUUUAAAACUGCACAUAGAAUGUCAAGUGGAUA